AUGGCUUCCAAAAAAUAUGAUGUCUUGUUCGUUCGCCAUAACGAAAAAAACUACUCCGCUUGGGCAUUCCAAUUCGAGAUUUUUGUCACCAGAAAAGAUUUGUGGGGUCAUGUUGAUGGCAACACUCCUGCUCCUGACAAAGACAAAGAUAAGGUCGCUUAUGCUAAGUGGGCCAUCAAAGAUGCUCAAGUCAUGGCCUGGAUCCUAAGUUCCGUGGAUUCGAACAUUGUCCUGAAUCUUCGUCCUUACAAGACUGCAAGCACAAUGUGGUCUUACCUAAAGAAAAUUUAUAGCCAAAAUAAUGCAGCUCGUCGAUUCCAACUUGAGCACAACAUCGCUAAUUUUAAACAAGAUAGUCUCUCCAUCUCUGAUUUUUACUCUUAA